GAAUUUCUCCUUGAACUUUGGCUCAAUGAGUCAAGUAUAGAAAUGUCAUCGACCUUACCACCGAAUGAAGAAACAGCGAACAAGGAAUCAUCAUCUCGAUCUUCUCCCACUGCAAGCGCUAGUACCAAUACUAUCAAUCGACCACAAGAAGUAACGAUUCCUGAUUUACUCAUUCAACAAUCUUCACUAGAAUCUGAAGCAGCAGAAGUCCUUCCAUUCGAUUGUACACGGUGUACAAGAUCACUUGGACCAUUACGGCAAUCGAUUUAUUCAUGUUUAACUUGUAAUCCACCUCAAGAAACUCAAGAUUCCAAAACAAAUUCUCAAGCAGGAAUUUGUGCUUCAUGUUCAAUUAAUUGUCAUACUGAUCAUCAAUUAGUUGAAUUAUUUAUUAGAAGAAAUUUUCUUUGUGAUUGUGGUACGAAAAGAUGUAAUGAAGGAAAAUGUGAAUUAAGAUUAGAAGAUCAAAAUUCGGAAGAUGAAGUUGAAAAUUUAAAUAAAUAUGAUCAUAAUUUUAAUGGUGAAUUUUGUAUUUGUGAAAGAGGAAAAAAGUAUGAUCCAGAAACUGAAACUGAAGAUAUGUAUCAAUGUUUAUCUUGUGAAGACUGGAGGCAUGCUAGUUGUCUAGGAGGUUUUCCGGAUCCCGAAACUUGGGAUGAUUUGAUCUGUGCAAAAUGUGUAAUGGGGAAUCCUACGAUAAAGACGAUGAUGGAAAAACAUGCGGGUGGUCCUGGUACUGGGAUGAUGAUUGGUGUACCUAAAGAGGCGAACAAGACAGAUUCAGCUAUAGAAUGGUAUGGUCAACUUAUUCCUUCAGCAUCUGCGGAAAAGGUGGAAGAGAAAGGCUCUGAUCAGCUCAAAGAAGGAAGUUCAAGUACUACACCACUCGAAUCUACGAGUCAGACUAUUCAGGUGCCUCAAAAACGUAAUUUAUCUGAAGACGACGGACCAGAAUCAUCAGAGAAGCGAACAUGCCUCGAAAAGCCGAAUAUCAAUCAUACUUCAAGAUGUAUGGCUCCUUUCCAAAACAGUACGGAUAGUUUACUUUCAAGAGUGAACCCGAGCACGGUCAAUAUAUUCUUGACAGCUGGUUGGAGACAACGGUGGUGUAAAUGUUUGACCUGUUUUCAGCUUUUGAGUCAAAUUAGUUGGUUAGGUUCAGAAGAAGAAGAAGUUUGGGAACCUGAAGAUGAUCAAGAUUCAGCUAAAUCAUUACAUGAAUUAGGUAUGGAAGCUUUUAAGAAUUUACCACAAGAACAUAAAAUUGAAAGUUUACAUGCUUAUAAUAAAUUAAGAGAUCAUAUGAUGAGUUUUUUGAAACCAUUUGCUGAAAAGAAUUUGACUGUAACUGAAGAAGCUAUUAAAGAAUUCUUUUCUAAUGAAAAAGAAAAGAUUAAGAAGAAGGAUUGGUAAGAUAUAUAUUGAAAUUUAGAGUGAUUUAGGGUUGUAGUUUUUGUUCUGAUCAAGGAGAGAUUGUUUGUAGUGUUUCUUUUAGAAUUGUUGAUCAGAGUGUUUUUUGUUUUCCUUGGUUCUUUUGGAUCACUUCCUAAGAACUUUUAUGCUUUUUACUCGUCUUUGUUCUCGUAUAUGCAAUUAUCUUCUUAAUCAGAACUUGG